AUGACUACUAAUGAAUCAUAUGAUGUAAUCACAGCCGUACUUCAACAAGCACAAAAACAAGAUGUUAAUAUUAAAAUAAAACCAACUAUUAGUAAUUCCGUUAAUUUUCUCGAUAUAACUAUCAACAAUACAAAUGGACAAUCAACAGCAUCCAUCUAUCACAAGCCUACAGCUGAUCCUUAUUACUUACCAUAUAAAUCCGAUCAUCCACAUAGUAUUCAUCGCAAUAUACCAUAUACAGCCUUAGUACGUGCAGCACGUCUUUGUUCAAAUCUUCAUGAUUUUCAUAGGGAACGUUUAAGAAUUCAUGUAUCCCUAUUAUUAAAUAAUUACCGACCACAUUUUAUCUCAAAUCACUUCCAACGAUUCUUUCAAGUACAUAAAGCUGAUAUUCUAUAUAAAUCCUUCGAUGAAAACACCUAUUUUCAAUUACAUUGA